AUGUCCGGCGAAAUGCAAAUUAAUGAUUCCACUCAAGGCUCGUCCUCAUCGCGAGCAACCGCCGAUCAACACCGCCAUCAGCAACAACAAACGGCGGCGGGGUCAGCAGCACCGCUGAGCAGGUAUGAAUCACAGAAACGGCGAGACUGGAACACUUUUGGUCAGUACUUGAAGAAUCAAACACCCCCAGUUUCACUAUCUCAGUGCAACUUCAACCACGUGCUUGAUUUCCUUCGAUACCUUGACCAAUUCGGGAAGACAAAGGUCCAUUUGCCAGGUUGCGUCUUUUUCGGUCAACCCGACCCGCCAGCACCCUGCACCUGUCCACUCAGACAGGCUUGGGGAAGCCUCGAUGCACUCAUCGGAAGGCUCAGAGCAGCCUAUGAAGAACAUGGUGGCUCGCCGGAGACUAACCCCUUCGGCGGCGGAGCUAUUCGCCUUUACCUCCGUGAAGUCAAGGACUGUCAAGCAAAGGCAAGAGGGAUUCCAUACACAAAGAAAAAGAAGAAGAGGAACCAAAUUAAAGGGACUCAUGAGACUUCAAAGUCUUUCAAGCAAUUGGCUUCUUAAGAUGGAUGGACUGGCCACACGAGUGACUUUACUUGGAUUGGGGAUUUAAUUUGCCAAAGAGAACGAGCAUGCCCUAAAAGUAUCAUCUCUACUGCUUCGACCAAAAAUUAUCACAGAAAAAUAUUAUUGAUAUCCCACU